CGGCAACAGAGACGCCAGGACUCAACUCUCCGAGCAAAAAAACUGGCUUGCAUUUGUACCGUGGAAGAGCGGCUGCGUCUGGCCACGGCGUUGUCCGAACGUAAGCCAAGAAGCUGGAGACGGUGGACGAGAAAGGCGAGAAAUCCCGAAAUCAUUUUGGGUCAAGUUCAAAUGACCCGAACACAAGGUUAGCACCGGAGUUGAGUUGAGUUAUAGACACCAUAUAAGAAGUCGAAUGAAACAAGGACAAAAUACAACAGGAAUCCAGGGCUGAAGAGAGAGAGUAGUGAAGGAUUUUAGCUGAACGUGGGAGACGUGACGAAGAUCCACGAAAAACAUUUCUGAGGUGAAUGACCGGUUGAAGGGCUCUCUCCAUGGAUAUAGACACAGACUAUGAGCGGCCGAACGUUGAGACUAUAAAGUGCGUGGUGGUGGGGGACAACGCAGCGGGCAAGACACGGCUGAUCUGCGCCCGCGCCUGCAACGCCACCCUCACCCAGUACCAGCUGCUGGCCACCCACGUGCCCACCGUUUGGGCCAUCGACCAGUACCGCGUGUGCCAGGAGGUCCUGGAGAGGUCACGAGAUGUGGUGGACGAGGUCAGCGUCUCCCUGCGCCUGUGGGACACCUUCGGGGACCAUCACAAAGACCGCCGAUUCGCCUACGGCCGGUCUGAUGUGGUGGUGCUGUGCUUCUCAUUGGCCAACCCCAACUCCCUGCGGCACGUCCGCACCAUGUGGUUCCCGGAGAUCAAGCACUUCUGCCCCCGCACGCCCAUCAUCCUGGUGGGCUGCCAGCUGGACCUGCGCUACGCCGACCUGGAUGCCGUCAACCGCGCACGACGCCCGCUGGCCAAGCCUAUCAAGCCCUCAGACAUCCUCCAUCCCGAGCGGGGCCACGAGGUGGCCAAGGAGCUGGGCGUGCCGUACUACGAGACUAGCAUCGUGGCACAGUUCGGAGUGAAGGACGUCUUUGACAACGCCAUCCGCGCGGCCCUCAUCUCCCGCCGCCACCUGCAGUUCUGGAAGUCUCACCUGAAGAAGGUCCAGCGGCCCCUCCUCCAGGCCCCCUUCCUGCCCCCGCGGCCCCCACGGCCCGUGGUGGGCAUCCCCGACCCCCCCGCCGUCGACGGUGAGGGGCCCGACUCCCUCUUCUGCCAGCCCCUGUGCGCCGACAUCCUCUUCCUCCUGCAGGGCGGCACUACCCGUGUCUUUGCCCACAAGGUUUACCUGGCUACCUCCUGCUCCAAGUUCUACGACCUCUUCACCUUGGACUUGGAGGGCGCGGGGGGCGACUGGGAGGGGGCGGCGGCUGGAGAGGGGUGCGAGGAGGAGGAGGAGGAACAGAGCCGAAGGGGGGCGAAGGAGCAGGCAGGCCGCACCAAGAGCCUGGACAUUGACAAGGACCUGGAGGGUGGCUCCCAAGGGCCCAAGCAGUCCCUCCUGCCCCAGCAGGGCUCUCUGAGGACUUCACAGAGCGAUAACGCCCUCCCGGUUCGGAGCCAGUGUGUGGGGGGGUCCUUGGGGGCCAGCCGCACCCUCUUGGGCUGGGGGCGUGGCUUCCUUAGCGUGUGUCUUGAGCACGUGGAGGACCCUGUGACAGGGCGACCCAGACUCAUGACAGUGGUGUCUAUGGACAGUCUGAUUCAGAAAAGACCCUUCCAGGCGGUGCUCCAGUACCUGUACACAGGGCACCUGGACGAGGGCAGGGGGGACCUGAUGCAGGUGGCCACCAUCGCGGAGCUGCUGGAGGUGUUUGACCUGCGCAUGAUGGUGGCCAACGUGCUGAACCGUGAGAGCUUCAUGAACCAGGAGAUCACCAAGGCCUUCCACGUGCGGCGGGCGAACCGCAUCAAGGAGUGCCUAAGCAAGGGCACCUUCGCUGAUGUGGUGUUCCGUUUGGAUGAUGGCUACCUCCCUGCCCACAAGCCCCUGUUGAUCUCCAGCUGUGAUUGGAUGGCGGCCAUGUUCCGCGGGUCCUUCAUGGAGAGCUAUGUAAAUGAGGUGUCCAUCCUCAACACCAGCAGUGCCUGCAUGCGAGCCGUGCUGGAGUACCUGUACUGCGGCUCCCUCACGCCCAGCCCCGACCUGCAGCCCAUGGAACUCAUCGUGUUGGCCAAUCGCCUCUGCCUACCCCGCCUCGUUGCCCUCACCGAGCAGCACGCGGUGGAGGAGCUGCUGCAGCUGGCCGGGAAUAGUGUGGACAUUGAUGGACAGGUGCUGACUUACCUGGAGAUGGCUCAGUUCCAUAAUGCCAAGCAGCUUUCCGCAUGGUGUCUGCACCACAUCUGCACCAACUAUAACAGCAUCUGUCGCAAGUUCCCAAAAGACAUGAAGGCCAUGUCGCCAGACAACCAGAAGCACUUUGAGAAGCACCGCUGGCCGCCGGUCUGGUUCCUGAAGGAGGAGGACCGGUACCUGCGUUCCCAGAAGGAGCGCGAGCGGGAGGAGGAGCUCCUGAGAAAGCAGCACACCAAGCGGGGCUGGUGCUUCUGGAGACACUCAUCUUCCUCCGCCCCCCACGUCUCCUGAGGCUCCGCCCAAGACCUCACCCUGCCCCUGCCCUCUUCCUCCUGAGAGCCAACCACAAAAGGAGCCCAGAGGAGCUCUGCCCCCUACCCCA